AUGCCUUGGACAAACAAAUUGGUGGAGUUGUUCUUUUAUCACACCCACCUGCGGCUCUUAGCACAUCUCUCCAGUUCACUCGUUCCUGAUCAAACAGAAAUUUGGAUAUCCAAAGACUCUACGACUGUUAAAGAUGUGAAGGCGGUGUUCUCUGCUGCGUAUUUCAAGUAUUUGACUCGUUACCAAGACUCAGAGAUUUCUUUAGUUCCGAACGACGUCGGACUCUUAAUUGUAAAGUUUACAUUGUCGUUGAAGCCAGACCCUGCGGAAGUUGUCAUACACAAGAGAAGAAUUAAUUCUCGCUACCGAUUGUUCACUUCGACAGAGGCGAGAGAAGUGGAAGCUGUUGUAAACGAGAAGGGAAGUUCACUCCGAUUCAGACAAGAAAAGACCCCAGGGAAAUCUCUCCGAAUGUACUGAGAUCAUCGUUGCUCGUCAUAACAAGGCGAUGGGGUCGACUGGUUCCAGUACAGCAUUAUGUAUCAUGGUGGCCUGCUGCGAUUGGUGCAUUUCGAUCCGGCUAUUGUUUUCGUGUACCAUGGUUUCCUCGGGCGUUCGCUAAUUUGCCGUGCAUCGUUGGCUUUGAUGUUUUCUAUUUGUCGGCAUCCACGCUUCCGGUAUUUCGGCUUCGUUGUCCCUGUUUAUGUUGUUUGGGUUAUCUCUUGCCUCUUUCACUUUCCUUGUGUACCAAUGGUUGUUUCGGUCAAUAAACUUCAUUUCGUUC